CUCCCAUAGGCCAGUCCCAUUUCUCCAUAUCAACUUUAUAAAGCUCAAAAGUCGACCGUUGGGACAGCAAGCAAAAUACAGAGAGUGAAUGCAGAGAUGCAAGAAAUAGAAGAGCCAAAAAUAAAUCCUAAACCAUUAAACAACAAUGACCAAACCCCAGAAGAAAUAUCACCAUACGAACAAUCAAGAAAAGAGAGGAUCAAAGCAAACCUUGAAAGAAUGCAAAAAUUAGGUAUUGUUGAUCUCUCUCUCAAGCUCAAGUCUCUCACUUCUCCUAAACGUACCCCAAGAAACACUCCAUCAUCACAGAAACAUCCUUCUCCUUUGCAGCCAUCUGGGCCCCUUCGCCGAUCCUCUAGAUUGCACAAUGUGACACCUAUUAGCUACUCAGAAGCUGCAUUGGCGAAGAGGGAUGGGUUAUGGGAGAAAAAGGAUGUAAGUCUAGACGAGGGUUCAAAGCCAGAGGUUUAUACAGAAGAACAUGAGAAGCUAUUAGGCAGCACUGAGAGGAGCUGGAAAUUAUUUGUGGAUGGCUAUGGGAGUGAUGGAAAGCGGAUUUAUGAUCAAGUUAAGGGAAAGACUUGCCAUCAAUGCAGGCAGAAAACUCUGGGUCACCGUACUCACUGCAGCAAAUGCCAGAUAGUUCAAGGACAGUUUUGUGGAGAUUGUUUAUUCAUGAGAUAUGGGGAACACGUACUUGAAGCCCUGCAAAAUCCAAACUGGAUAUGCCCUGUUUGUCGUGGAAUUUGCAACUGCAGUUUGUGCCGACAAGGAAAAGGAUGGGCUCCCACUGGACCUCUUUACAGAAAGAUAUCAAGUUUGGGCUACAAGUCAGUUGCACAUUAUCUCAUCCAAACCCGAUGCUCAAAAACUACUGUAGAGGGAAGUUUGCCAACUGUCAAUCAAGUUUCAGCAAAAAGGUCACUGCCCUUCUCAAACAUGGAAACACCUUCUAAGAGAUCUCAUCAGAUCAAUGAUGAACACAAUGGGCCAGUAAUGCCCCCAACUGAAGACAUGAUGCAUAAUGAGUUAAAGACCAUGAAAGAGAAACAACUGCCAGACAUCAGAAACCUGGUAACUGAUGGUCAGACUAAGAGGUCAUUGCCCUUUUUGAACAGUAAAGUCCAGUUUGGGAAUGUGGAAUCUAUAGAACUCAAUACCGACCAUGAGGUCCAUGACCACCUUGGAUUAUCAGAACCUUUGUUUGAAGAUCAGAUAGAAUGUGAGCUAAAGUGUGAGAAAGAGAAUCUACUUCACAACAGUAGAAAUCUUGCUGCUGAUGGUCAGACAAACAUAUCAAUGCCCAUUUCACGAAGUGAAGCAGAGUCUGAGACUCUGGAGCCUAUGAUUAAAGACCAGAAAGAAAGUGAGUUGAAGAGUGAGAAAGAUGGACAACUGCUGAACAACGGAAACCUUGCUAGUGAUGGUCAGACAACAAUGCCCAUUUCAGGAACUGAAGAACAGUAUGAGGUUGUGGAAUCUGCAGAGGUCAACAAUGAAGUCUGUGACUUUGGAUUAGUAAAGCCUAUACUUGAAGACAAAAACUCAACAAAUGAGGAAGUGAAGCAAUUGCAAUCUAUAGAUAAACAGCAUGACAAUAGCAAUAUUAUAAUAGAAACUUGUCAGAUGCAUAAAGAGAAGCAUGCAUUGGCCUUUGAACGGAGCCCAGAUGGUAUUGCUGCAAGAUUGAGGCCGAGGCAACAGAAAAGCAAUGGUUAUGGUGGCGCAAAAUUCACAGGUGCAAAUGAGAAAAUUUAUGAUGAUGUUCAGCAGUCUCUGCAAAAUGAUUUGUCUAAUCAACAAAUGGAGAAAGCAAAGGAACUGGAUAUUGAGAAUGACAAACAUGCUGAUAGCAUUGCUGUAUCAGAGAGGAGUCCGAUACCCAAUAAUAAAUCUGCAAGCACUGCUGAACCAAAUCCAGACAGUAUUGGUGCAAGAUUACGACAGAGGCGUAGAAUGAGCAAAGGCUUUGAUGAUAAAGUACCAGAAGCAAAUGAGCAGAACGCAGAUACAGUGCAAGCUUUUAACAAUACCUCAACAAUGGCGGAAGCAGGCUUUAACAAGAAGCUGUUAAGUAUUACAAAACCCGGUGAAGACAGUAUUGCUAGAAGAUUGAGAUCCACGCAGAAACUAACAUGAUAUUAGAGGGAGGGCUCUUGUUUCCAUUUUGUGUCAGCAAGGCUUAGUUUAGGACUUUUCUUCUUUUUUUUUAACUUUUGGUGAAUGCAACAACUUUGGCCAUAGGCCUUCUUUGAGGGCUGCUUUUUGGUGUAUUAGCAUUCCUUGAAUGCUUGGCUCAAAGUUGGGAAAAACUUCUCUGGAACUAAAGUGGUGGUGCCAUUGUUCAUUCCAAGCUGACUGGUUUUGCAAAAUUUUGCAUUCUGAUGAACACAUUCCCUCUUAUUGCAUUCCAUCAAUAUUAAUAUAGUUAUAUGUAAUCAAUCA